AUGGGGACCCUCAGCUGCGACCCUGCUCCGCGGCUGACCACAGCGUCCCUGGGUCGGCAGGCCACAGAGUGCCAGAUUCCAGAGACCGGCCUGAGGAAGACCUGUGGGAUGGCCACCUUGGAGAACGGCUCCGGGCCGGGCUUAUAUGCCCUGCCAUCCACCGUUGGCUAUAUCAACCAUGACUGCACCAGGGUGGCCAGUCCUGCCUACUCGCUGCUCCGGAGGCCCAGCGAGGCAUCUCCACAGGACACCAGCCCCGGGCCAGUCUACUUCCUGGACCCCAAAGUCACCCGGUUUGGCCGAAGCUGCACCCCUGCCUACUCCAUGCAGGGUAGGGGCAAGUCUCGGGGUCUGGAGGUGACACCUGGCCCCGGGGCCUACAGUCCAGAGAAGGUGGCCCCUGUGCGCCAGAGGACCGCCCCGGCCUUCACCCUGGGCUCCCGUCUGCGUCCACCACCCCUGGACACCUCAGCCCCCGCCCCCAAUGCCUACACCCUGCCCUCUCUCUGGGGUGCCCAGAUCUUCAUUAAGCCCAGUAGCCCCAGCUACACGGUGGUGGGCCGCACACCCCCUGCCCGCCCCCCGCAGGACCCCACUGAGAUACCAGGCCCAGGCCAGUAUGACAGCCCAGACCCCAAUGCGUACCGUCAGCGCCCGCCUGCCUUCACCAUGCUGGGGCGGCCCCGUGCCCCACAACCUCCAGAUGAGACACCCGGCCCUGGCACCCACAGCCCUGAGCGGGUCACUGUGAACAAAGCCAGGGCCCCGGCAUUCACCAUGGGCAUCCGACACUCCAAACGGGCCACCACCAUGGCCCCGGACACAGCACCCUUCCGCCUUUGGGGGACAGAAUGCAGGCCAUGUCUCAGCUUUCCUACACCCUGA